CGUUCAAUGGCUGUAGAAUCACCACUCACGAGCCAUAGUUGCUCAUCAUUGGAUCCAUCGUACUCUUCAAUGGAGGACACCAAUAAAAGUGAAGAAGCAGAGGAAGAAAUUAGACCAACGAGGGUGACUAAUCUCAUUGUGAGCAGAGCACGACGUUCGCAUUCCUCGUCGCCAUCAACUCACAAGAGGCCCGGAAAGCAAUCCUCCGAAGCCAAGAAACUGUACAAAUGCAUGAGUUGCAGGAACUUCGAGGAGCUGGAAAUGAAGGAAGUGAAAGGGUUCAUGGACCUGGGCUUCAUCUUCGAGAAGGAGCACUUGAGCCCGCGAAUGAUGAGCAUCAUCCCCGGCUUACAGAGGCUCGGACAGGACACAAGCAUCCGGAAAAACGCCAACGAGGAGGAGGAGGGAAAGAGAGAGAUCAUGAGGCCGUAUUUAUCAGAAGCGUGGCUCAUAAGGAGACCCGAUUCGCCUCUGCUGAACUUGAGGGUACCUCGGGUUUAUGCGCCUUCCAACAUGAAGAAGCGCCUGAGGUUCUGGGCUAGGACAGUUGCUUCUGCGAUUCAGCGGGAGUCUUGAUCUUGUGAAGAAGAAAAACCAACAAUUUCACUUAUUCACCAUCGUUAAGAUUAGCAUAAAUUUAUCA